AGUUUCCGAGUGUCCACUGCCCAGGAACAGUCAGCUCUCAUCCGUCGCACCUGAAUCCAUCUGUCAUCGCUCAGUCCUGAACUAUAAAAGCUAGAGGCCAAGCCAGUAGAAGAGCAUUUCACCGGCUGCUGACUUGAGGAGGACUUGCAAGAUUCUAUACUUGUUUCAAGACAGAUCACUCAAUCAAGCAACAAUGUCGGCUGCUCGCUUCGCACUCGUACUCAUGGUCGUCUUGGCUGUCGCUAUCCUUAACGUGGAUGCGGCAUACCGGAAGCCACCCUUCAACGGAAGUAUUUUCGGCAAAAGAGCCAACUCUGUUUCAGAUUACGAUUAUGCCAGCCGGGCAAUGGAUGCUAUUUGCGAAAUAGCAAAGACAAACUGCAAUGCAUAUUACGGACCUCAAGAUUCCAACUGAACGAGCAUUUUAUAAUUUUAGACUGGAAGCAGACCAAAGAAAUCUCAUGCUCUCGAAUUAUUAUCAACAUAUAACAAAAUAAAAUGUAAAGCUUCGAAAAUAAAGUAUCAUCAAAAACGUUCAUAUAUAGUUUUUGGCUCUGUAGUAGAUUUUGUAUAGCGUAGAGAUAGCGACUUCAAUAUAGCUUGUAUUAUUUCCUACAAUGUACAUUUUAUUAUUAUAUCAAUAAAGAUAUGGUUAAAAGUUA